AUGGACCCGCACCUGGAGCUCCUGCUAGAAGACCUGCGGAACUCUGUUCACGAGCACUACCACGGCGCCGCGGAGCGCCGGCGACACCAGUCCAACGCAUCCCAAGUGACCUUUGCCAACGGACCCGCAUCCACGCCCAGGAAGCCGCCGAAAAGCCCCGACGAUUACAGCGAUUACAAGAGGCCGGAAGUGGAUUGUUUGUUGGAGGGGAGGAAAAAGGCGCCGGCGUCGUCGGCGACGCGGGAAUUGGACGACUUGAUGCAGUCGUUGUCGGAUUUCAAGAUGCAGCAGCACACUACGAUAACCACGACGACGACGACUAGGGAAUACGAGGUGGAGGAUGACAGGGGUCAGAAUUUGGACUCCAUGCUGGGCUCGCUUCAUGCGGACAUGACGAGACAAGGGAUAACGACGACGCAAAAGGGUUGCUGCCACGCCUGCUCCAAGCCGAUCGUGGGCCAAGUGGUGACGGCCCUGGGCAAAACCUGGCACAUGGAACACUUCACCUGCACCCACUGCAACCGGGAACUCGCCACGCAGAACUUCUUCGACCGCGACGGGAAACCCUAUUGCGAACUCGACUACCACGACCUGUUCUCCCCUCGCUGCGCGUAUUGCAACAAGCCGAUUCUGGACAAAUGCGUCACGGCCUUGGACCAAACCUGGCACCCGGACCACUUUUUCUGCCACCAUUGCGGCAAGACCUUUGGGGACGAGGGGUUCCACGACAAGGACGGGAAGGCGUAUUGCAGAGACGACUAUUUCUUGUUGUUUGCCCCUCGUUGCGCCGGCUGCGCUCACCCAAUCAAGGAGAAUUACAUCUCGGCGUUGAACGUGCAGUGGCACACUGAGUGCUUCGUGUGUCGAGACUGCGGACAGCCGUUUGUGGAGGGUUCGUUUUACGACCACGAGGGCAUGCCGUAUUGCGAGACGCAUUAUCACGCCAAACGGGGCUCGUUGUGCGCCGGGUGCCACAAACCCAUUGCCGGGCGGUGCAUCACGGCCAUGUUUAGAAAGUACCACCCGGAGCACUUUGUGUGCUCGUUUUGCUUGAAGCAGUUGAACAAGGGCGUGUUUAAGGAAGAGGGCGACAAGCCGUAUUGUCACGCUUGCUUUGAGAAAUUGUUUGGGUGA